AUGAAUCAAACAAACAAUAUUCCAUUAGUUUCUGAUGGAGAACUUUAUCCAGCUCUUAUUCAAUGUUUUUUUAUAAUCAGUGCUGGCUAUAUAGCUGGUCAAUUGAAACUUUUAACACAUACUCAUUCAAUUGGUCUUUCACGUUAUAUAACUAAUUUUGCUUUACCUGCUAUUAUAUUUAAAAAUCUUGUUGAUGUACAAUUUCAAAGCGUUUCAUGGCAAUUUCUUACAUCUGUAUUUAUUGGUAAAACCAUAGUAUUUUUUUUAACAAUGAUUUUAACACUUAUCGCUGAACGUCCAAGAAAUUUUGCUAGUAUGGGUGAAUAUGCUAUAAUGGCAACGCAAAGUAAUGAUUUUCCAUUAAUUUUUCCAAUAAUUGAAUCUGUUUAUAAACAAACUCAUCCUGAAUUUGGUCGAUAUGUUUAUUUAAUAGCACCUAUACAACUUGCUAUACUUAAUCCAAUAGGAUUUGUUUUAAUUGAAAUGCAAAAACGUUUUGAUGAUCAACGAAAACAUCGAAGUAAACCAUGGAGUAAAUUUCAAUUAAUAUCAACAGUUCUUCGUAAUAUAAGUCGUAAUCCAAUUAUUGUAUGCACAUUACUUGGUAUUGUAUUUAAUCAAAUAUUAAAACAACAGUUACCAUAUUUAAUUGAAUAUAUUCUAACACCAAUAGCUCAAUCAUUUACUGCAACAGCAUUAUUUUACCUUGGUUUAACAAUGGUUGGAAAAUUAAAUCGUUUACAUUCACGUCUUGUUAUUACUGUUUUUCUUCUUAGUAUAAUGAAAUCAAUUAUAUUUCCAUUAAUUUUACGUCAACUUGUGUUUUUUCUUGUUAAACCAAAUAAUGAAAAUUUAAAUAAUACAAUGGACUAUUCAAAUUUAGGCUUUUUAUAUGGAACAGCACCAACAGCACCAUCAGUUGUAUUUUAUGUACCGGAAUCAAAUUUACCAUUACAAGCUAUUGCAUCAACUGGACUUGUUGUUUCAACUUUACUUGCAGGACCAAUUAUACUUGUUUCAGCUAAAAUGAUUAAUUUACGUACACUUGAUAUUAAAAUACGAGAGUCAUAUGAAAUAUUGCUAACGAAAACAAAAUAUGAUGUUAGUAUAAUAUCAUUAUUUUGUACAAUUAUUGUUCUUAUUGGAUUUUGUUUACGACAUCGAUGGUUAAAAAUAUCAUUUAUACAUAAAUAUACAUUUAUUUUUGUUGGUCUACAAAUGAUAUUAGCUAUUUGGACAAUAACUAUACAUCAUGUUCAACAUUUUUUAUUAUCAACAACAUCAACACUACUUGAUAUAGGUAGUAUUUUAAUAGCCUUAACAACUCGAACAUGGACAACAAGUCUGUCAAUAGCUUUAAUGAUAACAAUUUGUUAUUCAAAUCAAUUAGCUCGUCGAUGUUCUUGGAUAUAUCAUAUCUUUGGAUGGACUGUUUCAUUAUGUAUAUCAUUAAUAAUUCUUUUUUACUCAUCAAAUGAUCGAUCAAAAGAAGUCUCAAUAUUAGAAACGGAAAAAUUUGGAAAAAUUCAAAUUAUUCUUUCAAUAGUUUUACUUGUUUUAUGUAUUUUAAUUAAUACAAUAAGUUUACUUCGUAUAGCUCGUCGAACAUUUCGAUUAAAACAUGAUCCAACUGAGAAUCGAUCCCAUUCUAAUAUUGAUCAUUCAAAUUCUGGAACCAAUGAAAUUCGACCAUUAAUGGAUGAUGACGAACAAACAGAUAUACAACCUAUUCCUGCAGAAAUCAAACCAUUAGAAGCUGAUACACAAUUAUUUCGUCAUGGAAUUCUUGUUGCUUUAUUAACUAUUGAUGCUAUUAUUUGUGUAUCAGUUUUAUUAUGGUUAAUAUUCGCACAUGACCGCAAUGGAAUUUAUUAUGAAUUACAAUUUUUGGAUACAGUUUUAUUGCAUGGUCAAGGUAUUAUAACAUUUCUUGUCUUUGCAUUAGAUGCUGAUUUACUUGUACCAAUUACACAAAAAAUUAUGAAAUUAUUUCAUUGUUGUGGAUUUAAUAUAAAUUGUUGUCGAGAUGAUGGUAACAAUAGACCAAUAGAGAACAAUGAUGUAUUAGAUUUAGAAUGUAGAAUUCGACCGGAUUUUAUUCAUCAUUCAAAGUAA